AUGGCCAAAACCAAGACAAAAGCACACGCGAGACAAAAAGACAUCCUCCGCUCGACGACCUCCCCGCUCGUGAAAGGCGUGCCCAAAAAGUCGCAGAAAUCGAUUGAAGACCUCUUGACCGAGGCGGCCGAACUCCUCGAACAGUCCCAGCCGGAACUCGCUCUCCCGCUUGCCGAAGAAGCCCUGAAAAGACUCGAAGCCGAGCGUCAAGAACAGCAUGUGGGCACGGAGGAUGAAAUCGAUAUUGACGACCUGCUGUCCCUGGCCGCCCAGGGCGUUCCAACCCUGCCACCCGUCCUGACCUUGAAUGCCGAAAUCCAAGUCGCGCUGGGCGAUGUGGACUCGGCGCGACGAAACUUUACCCGCGCCACGCGGAUCGACAAGGACGGCGCGCUGAUAUCGGCGGAGCCGUGGCUCUGGCUCGCGCAGCUGUGUGAGGAGGGCGGGAAAGAGAGCAUCGGAUACUUUGAGCAGGCCUGUGAGGUGCUCCGGAAUGAGAUCGAAGUGCUCGAGGAGGCGGUCAACGAGAUGAACACCACCACCACUACCACCACCACCGUUGGGGGCGCGGCAGAUGAGGAUGCGGGGACGAAGAGGGUGCUGGACGAAAAGAAAUCCAAACUGGCCGAGGCGCUCUGCGCCAUGGCCGAAGUCUACAUGACCGAUCUGUCGUGGGAGAACGACGCAGAGGGACGAUGCGAGUCGCUCGUCACCGAGGCCGUUGCCGUCUGCCCUGAAUAUUUGAGUGCGGGGGUGCUACAGACAUUGGCGAGUGUGCGGAUUAGUCAAGAACGGAUCGAAGACGCCAGAACAGCCUUGACGCGCAGUCUCGAUAUCUGGAAGGACACAUCCUCCGCGUCUCAGGCAGAGAGUUCCAAAGACAACGGGAGCGCGGAUGAAGGCAGUGCCGGCGACGACGGACGCAAGCCCGACUUUGCGACCCGCGUCUCGCUCAGCCGUCUCCUCAUGGAAGUCCAGCUGGAACCGCUGGCCAUGUCCGUGCUGGAAGGCCUCAUCCGCGAGGACGACCAGAGCGUUGAAUGCUGGUACCUCGGCGGGUGGUGCCAAGUGCUGAUCUCGCAGAAAGCGGACACCAAUGCGGAAACCCGGGCCAAGUGCCUGGACACCGCGAGGCAGUGGCUCGAGACCUGUCUCCGGCUGUACCGCGUCCUGGGGUACGAGGAUGAGCCGCUCCGGGAACACGCGGUCGAGCUGGUGCAGGGUCUGAAGAAGGAGUUAGUGGGAGGGGCAGAUGGCGCAAUGGAUGAGGAUGAGGGCGAUGGAUGGGAGGAUGUGGAUGACCAGGAGGACGAGGACGAGGACGACGAGGAUGGUGACCUUGAGAUCGAGGCCGAUGAAGAGGAUGGAGCCAGGAGUCAUGCGGGUGCUAAGUCGGCGGCGGAUGGGGACGUGGAGAUGACCUGA